CUGUCAAAUAAAUAAAUAAAAUUUGAAAAAAAUCUGUCCCAGGUUGAAGUUAUAUUUUAACAGGAGGACUCGAGCUAGUAGCAGAAGUGGAAGCACACUUCAGGCAUUGGUGCGGGCACAGCUCUGAGUGUGCUCUAACCCGAGGGCAUUAGCAUAGAUAAGGAAUUCUUACCUGCUUGAAAGAAACUAAAUGUUAGCAAACAAGGGCCACUAUAAUUCCCCCAGUGUGUAAGCUUUAGGGUUGGGUAAGGGUGGGUUGGUUCUGCAAUGGAGUCCAUGCAAACACUAACCUGGAAUUCGGGUGGGGUCUGGGGAUUGAAAUUUUACAGGGCGAUGUGGUAGGUCUGGAGCGGGGCGGGGGGAAGACUGAGGUGAUGGUGACGGAAGGUGUGACUACAGUUGCCUACACGCUGGAUGAGGGCCUGAUCGAGUUUGGAACCGCCAUUGAUGACGGCAACUACACCCGGGCCACAGCCUUCUUGGAGACUCUGGAAAUGACCCCAGAAACAGAGGCAAUGUGGAAGACCUUGAGCAAACUGGCACUUGAGGCGCGGCAGCUGCACAUCGCGGAGAGGUGCUUUUCUGCUUUGGGCCAUGUAGCAAAAGCUCGAUUCCUGCAUGAGACCAAUGAGAUUGCAGAUCAAGUGUCUCGGGAAUAUGGUGGAGAAGGAACAGACUUUUAUCAGGUCCGAGCACGCCUAGCCAUGCUGGAGAAGAACUACAAGCUGGCUGAAAUGAUCUUCUUGGAACAGAAUGCUGUUGAGGAGGCCAUGGACAUGUACCAGGAGCUGCACCGCUGGGAUGAGUGUAUCGCAGUGGCUCAGGCCAAGGGGCACCCAGCCCUAGAGAAGCUGCGCCGGGGUUACUACCAGUGGCUGAUGGACACACAGCAAGAGGAGCGAGCCGGUGAGCUACAGGAGAGCCAGGGGGAUGGACAAGCGGCCGUCAGCCUCUACCUCAAAGCUGGGCUCCCUGCCAAAGCUGCUCGACUGGUGCUGGCCCGGGAGGAACUGCUAGCCAACACGGAGCUGGUAGAACACAUCACCGCAGCCCUUAUCAAGGGGGAGCUCUAUGAAAGGGCUGGUGAUCUCUUCGAGAAGAUUCGAAACCCACAGCGGGCCCUGGAGUGCUACUGUAAAGGCAACGCGUUCAUGAAAGCGGUGGAGCUGGCUCGAUUGGCAUUCCCAGUGGAAGUGGUGAAACUGGAAGAGGCGUGGGGGGAUCAUCUGGUGCAGCAGAGGCAGCUUGAUGCAGCCAUUAAUCACUACAUCGAAGCCAGGUGCUCCAUCAAGGCGAUUGAAGCUGCCCUGGGCGCCCGCCAGUGGAAGAAAGCAAUUUAUAUAUUAGAUCUCCAGGACCGGAACACCGCGUCCAAAUACUAUCCCCUCGUGGCCCAGCACUAUGCCUCUCUGCAGGAGUAUGAGAUUGCUGAGAAGCUGUACCUGAAGGGAGACCGGACAAAGGAUGCCAUAGACAUGUACACUCAGGCUGGCCGCUGGGAGCAAGCCCACAAGCUGGCGAUGAAGUGCAUGAGACCAGAAGACGUGUCGGUGGUGUACAUCACCCAGGCUCAGGAGAUGGAGAAGCAGGGCAAGUACCGUGAGGCGGAAAGGCUCUAUGUGACGGUGGAAGAGCCUGAUCUUGCCAUCACCAUGUUCAAAAAGCACAAGCUAUAUGAUGAUAUGAUCCGCCUGGUAGGGAAGCACCACCCAGAUCUCCUCAGUGACACACACCUACACCUGGGCAAGGAGCUGGAGGCUGAAGGCCGACUGCAGGAGGCUGAGUAUCACUACCUCAAGGCUCAGGAGUGGAAGGCGACAGUGAACAUGUACCGGUCCAGUGGGCUUUGGGAGGAGGCCUACCGGGUGGCCAAGGCUCACGGGGGAGCCAACGCCCACAAACACGUGGCCUAUCUGUGGGCGAAGAGCCUGGGAGGAGAGUCUGCAGUUAGACUGCUUAAUAAGCUGGGACUCCUGGAAGCUGCCAUUGACCACGCUGCUGACAACUGCUCGUUUGAAUUUGCUUUUGAACUCUCUCGGCUGGCCCUCAAGCACAAAACCCCUGAGAUUCAUCUCCGAUACGCCAUGUACCUGGAGGAUGAGGGUAAAUUUGAAGAGGCUGAAGCUGAAUUCAUCAGGGCUGGUAAACCCAAGGAAGCAGUCCUCAUGUUUGUCCAUAACCAGGAUUGGGAGGCAGCUCAGCGUGUGGCCGAGGCCCACGAUCCUGACAGCGUUGCCGAGGUCCUCGUGGGGCAGGCCCGGGGGGCCUUGGAGGAGAAGGACUUUCAGAAAGCAGAAGGGCUGCUGCUUCGGGCCCAGAGACCGGGCCUGGCCCUCAACUAUUAUAAGGAGGCUGGAUUAUGGAGUGAUGCGCUGCGGAUCUGCAAGGACUAUGUCCCGGGCCAGCUGGAGGCUCUGCAGGAAGAGUACGAGCGGGAGGCUACCAAGAAGGGGGCCAGGGGCAUGGAGGGACUAGUGGACCAAGCUCGACAGUGGGAGCAGGCUGGAGAGUACAGCCGUGCAGUCGACUGCUACCUCAAGGUGCGGGACUCAGGCAGCAGCAGCCUGGUGGAAAAGUGCUGGAUGAAGGCAGCUGAACUCGCCAUCAAGUUUCUGCCUCCCCAACGCAGUCUGGAAGUAGUUCGGGCUGUGGGACCCCAGCUGAUUGGAAUUGGAAAGCACAAUGCAGCUGCAGAGCUCUACCUGAACCUGGAUCUAGUCAAGGAAGCCAUCGAUGCUUUCAUUGAGGGUGAGGAGUGGAACAAGGCUAAGCGUGUGGCCAAGGAAUUAGAUCCCCGGUAUGAAGACUACGUGGACCAGCAUUAUAAAGAGUUCCUCAAGAACCAGGGCAAAGUGGACUCGCUGGUGGGUGUGGAUGUGGUGGCUGCUUUGGACCUGUAUGUGGAGCAGGGCCAGUGGGACAAGUGCAUUGAAACGGCUACCAAGCAGAACUACAAGAUUCUGCACAAGUAUGUGGCUUUGUAUGCGACUCACCUGAUCCGAGAGGGUGGCUACGGCCAAGCACUAGCCCUGUAUGUGCAGCACGGAGCCCCUGCUAACCCACAGAACUUCAACAUCUACAAAAGGAUCUUCACGGACAUGGUGAGCUCACCCGGGACCAAUAGUGCUGAGGCCUAUCACAACUGGGCUGAUCUUCGGGACGUGCUCUUUAACUUGUGUGAAAACCUGGUGAGGUCCAGUGAGGCAAACUCUCCAGCCCAUGAGGAGUUUGAGACGAUGCUGCUGAUUGCUCAUUACUAUGCCACUCGCUCGGCCGCCCAGAGUGUCAAACAGCUGGAAACUGUGGCUGCCAGGCUUUCUGUUUCGCUCUUACGCCACACCCAGCUCCUGCCUGCAGACAAGGCCUUCUAUGAAGCAGGCACUGCUGCCAAGGCAGUUGGCUGGGAGAACAUGGCAUUCAUCUUCCUCAACCGCUUUUUGGAUCUGACUGAUGCAAUUGAAGAAGGGACUCUGGAUGCCCUUGACCACUCUGACUUUCAGGAUACAGACAUUCCCUUUGAGGUGCCACUCCCAGCCAAGCAGCACGUACCGGAGGCUCAGAGGGAAGAGGUUCGAGACUGGGUACUCACAGUCUCAAUGGACCAGCGGCUGGAGCAAGUUCUGCCUCGGGAUGAGCGCGGUGCCUACGAAGCUUCCCUGGUGGCAGCGAGCACUGGAGUUCGGGCACUGCCCUGCCUCAUUACAGGAUACCCCAUUCUGAGGAACAAAAUUGAAUUUAAGCGGCCAGGGAAGGCAGCUAAUAAGGACAACUGGAAUAAGUUCCUUAUGGCUAUCAAGACUUCCCACAGUCCAGUGUGCCAGGAUGUGCUGAAAUUCAUUAGUCAGUGGUGUGGAGGGCUACCUAGCACCAGCUUUUCCUUUCAGUAACUGGCAGGGCUCAGGGAAGAGUUACUGGAUUCCCUCCCUCAUUAAAGUCUUAUAGGUAAUGGA